AUGGCUUCUACCUCUACUUUACCUGCCGGCAAUCCACCCGUCCGGCCAUCUCACCCUGUUACCGUUUCAGGCGUCGUCGAAGUUGCCACCAUGUUACCCCCCGCCGACAAUCGCAAUUACACUUACCAAUCCUGCACUGUAGCCGUUACUUGUAACGGGUGGGAUUCAGAUCGCGAGGCUGAGUACGAUGGAACGUUCACCGCGUAUUGCUCCUCCGUUGACGCUCCUCUCGACGGCCAUUGUUACGUCAUGAAGUCCCGCUUCUUGCCGGAUUGCCGCUCUGCCGACUACGCUAUGUACCACGAAGCAGAUCACAAAAUCUUGGUUGGCACCAGCGAUUCUUUCGCCGGUGUUCUCAACAAUAAUACUGCAGUCACUGGCCUAGGCAUUGUCAAUUCUAAAAGCACCAUCCCGGACGACGCCACCGGGAAAAAUAUGUUGUGUUUUUUCAUGCAACAUAUUGAUUACAAACCUCAGAUCCGCGAAGAUUACCAAUUCGAGAUGGAGUACCGUAUCCGGCCUACUAGAAACCUCCAAAGCGCGCAAGGCCUGAUCCAAGUUGGUCGAGAAACAUUGAUAAACGGGUUCAUCGUUGAUUGGGACGACGAAAAUAAUCGAUGGAUUGUAGAGGUCAGUAUUCAACUCUUGUAUCCGUGA